AUGACGAGAUUGCAAGAGCGAGUGAACUGUAAAGGUUGGUUCAUCUUCUUCCUCCUCUGCUUUUGUUUUGUGUUGUCUGCAUUUUCAUUCCAUGAUUUCCUAAACCAGAAGCAGAUUGACGCACAAGCUUUGUUACAGUUAAAAAUGUCUGUGAAAAUAGAUCCAACUUUUUCUCUAUCUAAUUGGGUAGCUAGAAAUAAUGUUUGCAACUGGACUGGAAUAACCUGUGAUUACAAAGAUCGCGUUGUGAGUGUGGUUCUCAAAUACAAGGCACUGAGUGGCCGGAUUCCCCCUCAUAUGGGCAACAUCUCUUUUCUCACAACUCUCGACCUCUCUAAUAAUUAUUUGUAUGGCUCCAUUCCCCACCACUUUGGCAAAUUAGAGAAGCUGCAGUACCUUAACUUGCAGGGAAAUCACUUGCAAGGUUCAAUUCCACCUACUUUGCACGCAUGCACAAAUCUGCUGCAACUCAGUUUAAAACACAAUUUCUUGAGUGGAAGCAUACCGGUAGAGCUGAGUUCGUUGCACAAUUUGGAAAGACUCAUGCUUGGUACAAAUAAUUUGACAGGUGUCAUCCCACAAGAGUUGGCAAAUUGUUCUGCGCUCAAAACCAUACAUUUUGGUUGGAACCUUCUAACCGAGCGGAUCCCUUCUAAACUCCGUGCUCUCAGGGAUUUAAGACAUCACAGAAGAGAUUGGCCAAUUACGGCAACGAGGAAGCUUGAGUUGGGGAACAAUACCCUUACCGGUGGCAUUCCCAAGGCGCUGGGAAACUGUUCUUCUCUGGAGAUAUUGAAUUUAUAUUCGAAUUCUUUUUAUGGCUACAUUCCAGCAGAAUUGGGUUCACUUAGGCUAGUGCAGAUACUACAGUUGGAUGAAAAUAGCCUUGGAGGAUCAAUUCCAUCUUCUCUCAUGAACUGCACCGAAUUGAAAUACUUGAGUCUAGGGCACAACAGACUUGUAGGAACAAUUACAGAAAAUAUAGGCUAUAACCUGCCCAAAUUAGAAGUGAUUUUCCUGGGCCAAAAUAAUCUAAACGGCAGCCUCCCAAAAUCUAUAGGAAAUUGCUCGGCGCUCUACAUUCUUUCAACAAAAGAUAACAAUUUGAGUGGAGUGAUACCCCGAGAGUUGGAGAUGCUGAGUCUUCUGCAAGUUCUUGUUCUAGGUAGUAACCACUACAAGGGAGAUGUUCUACCUCUUCUCUUAAACUGUACGCAACUACGGGCUCUUGGUCUGGAAGUGAACAGAUUCGAGGGCUCCAUUCCAGUGUAG